AUGGUCCGCAAAUAUAAGAGAAAGUCUGAACCUCGCGAUAUGAACAAUAUGUUUGCGGCUCUCCAAGCUAUUAAAGAUGGAAUGUCAACGAAUGCCGCUGCAAAACAACAUGGUAUACCAGAGCCAACAUUACGACGUCAUAAAAACAUCAAUAUGGUUCAAAAUGAUGACACGAUCUCUGUGGAAGAAGAAGCAGCAAUCGAAGACUAUAUGUUGCACGCGUCUGACAUUUAUUUUGGUGUAACAGCGCGCGAAGGAUGUGAAUUGGCUUACCGAUUUGCAAUGGAAUUGAAGAAAAAAAUUCCAACUAAUUGGGGUACAAACGAAAUAGCUGGAUCUGAUUGGUUUGAGGGUUUCAUGCGCCGAUAUCCAAAACUAUCACUUAGAAAACCUGAAGCAACAAGCAUGGCCCGUGCAGCUGCAUUUAAUCGUACAAAUGUUGAUUUGUUUUUCAAUUUAUACGAGAAAGUAAUCAAAAAUAUUUUGUUUGAACCACACAAGAUGUGGAAUAUUGAUGAAACUGGUUUAACAAACGUGCACAAGCCGAAUCGUGUCAUCAGUCGCCGUACCCGAAAACAAGUUGGCGCUAUUACAUCUGCUGAACGUGGGACCACUGUGUCGAUGUGCUUAGCCGUAAACGUAGCUGGCGUGAAAGCUCCACCUUACCUCGUAUUUCCACGUACAAACUUUCAAUCAUAUUUUUUGAAUGGCGGACCACCUGGUGCAUGUGGAGGAGCAAAUCCCACUGGUUUCAUGAAUAGUGAAAACUUUUUGGAUUUCAUCCACAAAUUCCGUGCUCAUGUGAACUGUUCGAAAGACAACCCGAUUCUGCUUCUUUUGGAUAACCAUGUGUCACAUCGCACAUUGGAUGUAUUGAAAUACUGCCGUGAAAAUGGUGUACAUGUCUUGUCCUUCCCACAUACAAGCCAUCGUUUGCAGCCUUUAGAUGUAAGCGUUUUUUUUCCGUUUAAAAAUGCUGCGAAUCAGAUGUGUGCCGAUUGGGUGACAUCACAUCCAGGCCGUCCAAUGCAAAUUUUUGACUUGCCACCAAUUUUUCAUCGAGCUUUGCAAAUUGGAGCCACCGUAGUUAAUAUUCAAUCGGGAUUCCGAGGCUCAGGUGUCUAUCCAUUUGAUCGGCAUAUUUUCCAAGAUAUUGACUUUAUGCCAAGUUCAACAACCGACCGCCCGUACACGCUUGCCGAAAUAUUUCCGGACAAUAACAUUCCGAUUUCGGCUGAUGUUGAACUUUCGCACAAUCGAUCUCAACAAAAGCACAACACACGUGAGGCAAAAAAGCAAGCCACAGAAGUAAGAAAAGAAGCUUCAGCUGCAAAAAAGCAAGCCGCUGCUCAAAAGAAGAUCGACACUGCUGUUAAGAAAGCACUAAAGGAGAAAGAAAAACAAGCAGCGAAAGAUAAACAAGCAACGAAGAAGAAACCAUCAGCUCAGCCUCAACGUAUCAAUCCACGCCGAAAGAUAGUUUCCAGUGUGAGCUACGUUGAGAAACCGGAUUCGGACUUAUCAGAUACCGAAUAA